UUUCGUUCCCUCAGGGAGAGGAGAGAAACUUAGACACACACACGCACACGCACAGAGAGAGAGAAAGGGAGCUGAGAAGUGAGAGGAAACCCUAACCUCAUCGAUCGAUCUCCUCUCCUCAUCCUCCUCCACCGCCGCCUCCGCCGCCGCCGCCGAGGUCCGCCGGGAUGGGGUCGGUCCAGACGCCGUCGGAGGAGACGAUCUUCCGAUCGAAGCUCCCGGACAUCGCGAUCUCGAGCCACCUCCCCCUCCACGACUACUGCUUCGAGCACAUCGCGGAGUUCGCGGAUCGCCCCUGCCUCAUCGACGGCGCCACGGGGGCGAUCCACACCUACGCCGAGGUCGACCGCACCUCGCGCCGCGCCGCCGCGGGGCUCCGGCGCCUUGGCGUGCGCCAGGGCGACGUGAUCAUGAACCUCCUCCGCAACUCCCCCGAGUUCGUCUACGCCUUCCUCGGCGCGUCGCUGCUCGGCGCCGUCGCCACCACCGCCAACCCCUUCUACACCCCCGCCGAGAUCCACAAGCAGGCCACGGCCGCGGGCGCGCGGCUGAUCGUGACCGAGGCGUGCGCGGUCGAGAAGGUCCGCGAAUUCGCCGCCGAGCGCGGGAUCACGGUCGUCACGAUCGACGUCCGAUCCGAGGGUUUCGUCCACUUCUCCGACCUCCUAGCCGACUCCGACGAAUCCGAGCUCCCGGAGGUGGAGAUCCACCCCGACGAUGUGGUGGCGCUCCCCUACUCCUCGGGCACUACGGGGCUCCCCAAGGGGGUGAUGCUCACGCACCGGAGCCUCGCCACGAGCGUGGCCCAGCAGGUGGACGGGGAAAACCCCAAUCUCUACUUCCACAAGGACGACGUGAUCCUCUGCGUGCUCCCGCUCUUCCACAUCUACUCCCUAAACUCGGUGCUCCUCUGCGGCCUACGCGUCGGAGCGGCGAUACUGAUCAUGAAGAAGUUCGACAUGGUGGCGAUGAUGGAGCUGGUGCAGAGGUUCCGGGUGACGAUCGCGCCGUUCGUGCCGCCGAUCGUCGUAGAGAUCGCGAAGAGCCCCCUCGUCGAUGCCUACGACCUGUCCUCGAUCCGGAUCGUCAUGUCCGGCGCCGCCCCCAUGGGGAAAGACAUCCAGGACGCCUUCCGGGCCAAGAUCCCCAAUGCCUUCCUCGGCCAGGGCUAUGGUAUGACUGAGGCAGGGCCGGUGCUAUCGAUGUGCCUGGCAUUUGCGAAGGAGCCAUUCGCGGUGAAGUCGGGCUCGUGCGGGACUGUCGUGAGGAACGCUGAGCUGAAGAUCGUCGAUCCAGACACCGGUGCGUCCCUUGGCCGCAACAAGCCUGGUGAGAUCUGCAUCAGGGGAGAGCAGAUCAUGAAAGGCUAUCUCAAUGACCCUGAGGCCACAAAGAACACCAUAGACAAGGAAGGAUGGCUCCACACUGGAGACAUCGGUUUCGUUGACGACGAUGAUGAGAUCUUCAUCGUCGACAGGCUUAAGGAGAUAAUCAAGUACAAAGGGUUCCAAGUUCCGCCGGCCGAGCUCGAAGCCCUGCUCAUUACACACCCGAGCAUCGCCGACGCCGCGGUUGUUCCUAUGAAAGAUGAACUUGCUGGGGAAGUUCCUGUUGCAUUCGUUGUCCGGACCAAGGAUUCCGAAAUUACGGAGGAUGAGAUCAAAAAAUACGUCUCGCAGCAGGUGAUCUUCUACAAGAGAAUUGGCAAGGUGUUCUUCACCGACGCCAUUCCGAAGGCGCCGUCGGGCAAAAUCCUGAGGAAAGAUCUGAGAGCCAAGUUGGCAGCUUAAGUUAUGCUAUUGUUGGUGAAUACAUUGUCUCCGCAAAUUGGCGCACCACCGACUGAUCUCAACGGUUUCGCUCUUCGUCUCUGAUCCUCUCCGCUGAAGCGAAAAGAACAAGAGAAAAAAAAAGAACGAACUUGUAAGAUUAUUGUUAAAAUAACCUUAUAUAGAAGAGUUUGGAGUUAAUUCUUUCAGACAUUGGCUUUUUAAGCGGUCAAAAUUAGGGGCAAUUCGUUCUCCUAAUCGAGCUGCUGCGAACGAUGUUUAUUCUUCGUUGGUUGUGUUUGUAAUGUUCAUAUAGAUUGAUGCUCAUGAUUCUGUGGCAUGUCAAUGUGGUAAUAGUGGACACUCCAAAUAUUUAUCGAUAAUUUCGCAAAUAAUCCAUUUCACUGUGUAA